CCCAUACAUCCCAACCGUUGUUCACAUUUCUUGUUGACCGGCUCUAAGCAUGCUCGAUAGCGCGCUCUGUGCACCUGAAGUCUUCAAUGAGAGGCUCCUGCCCUGUCCAUUACCAGCGUCACGCUUCUUACAUCGGCAUACAAGACACUGCGCCCCCGGGGAAGAGCUUUGCCAUACAAACGAGUGCCCUCUCGGCUCCCGCAGCCUCCAGUUGAGGAUGUUUCGGCUCGAUUUGCUACCCAACAGCCCGCCCCACUUUGGAAUUAUGCUUGAGUGAACAAUUUCUGGGUCCUAAUUAAUGCGUACCCCCACUUACAAAGAUGAUCCUGUCUAGCUGACCGCGCACUUCCAGCACAAUUCUUACUUUUCAUCAUGUACUCGUCCUGACUCUGUUGUAUUAGCUCGUCAAGCCAGCCUUUCUUUCCUUGCAAGAUGUCGUCGCGACCGCCAUCGCAGCAGCCGACCUUCAUCACCAUGACCGCCGACCUGGGCAAUCGCACCGCGGCAGUAAGCAAUACCGCGCAGCCAGUCCAGCAAGCGCCUGCCCAACCAAUCAGCCCUUCCUCCCAAGCCGCUAUACGGCAACAAGCACAGCAUGGCGAGAUCCCUACAACACCAACAUCAACAUCACGGCUCAUCGAAGCAGAAGACGAUGACAUAGGCGUCGCCGUGAACAAUGUGCCCACCGAUCGGAACGAAGAGUCCCAGGAUGAGAAGCCCCAGGACGAGGAGAAACGUAGUCCGUCCUCCCCCGAGCUUGAUCGGAAAGGAACAGUCGAAAUCAGGCAUAACGGCAGGCUCGUACUGCAUGUGGGUACAGACGGAGCAAAGAGCGGGAGACGUACGUUGAUUGUCUCUCUUGACAUCAUCAAGAAUCUCAGCCCUCAGUGGGAUGCGGUCGUCGCUGGAAGCGCACACAAAUGUUUGUCACGCAAGAGACAUGUGCGACUUCCAGAAGAUGACGCCGACAUGAUGCAAGUGCUCAUGUAUAUCGUCCACACAUUAUUCGUCGAGGUUCCGGAGAAUCUCAGAUUCUCUCAACUACUAGAGAUGGCUCAAAUCUGCCGCCGAUACGGUGUGAGCGGCAAGGUGCUCCCUUACAUCAGCAACUGGGCCAAUCCACAUAGACCAAAGAUUCUUAUGCAAGGAUAUGAGCAUUGGCUAUAUAUCGCGUGGGUCUUUGGCUUUACGGAGGAUCACGACCAGCUGACACGGCACUUUCUGCUGAACUGUCGGGUCAACAAAGAGGGGGUGCUGAUGAAGCCCGGUACCAGAGAGGAGUUUUCAGGAUAUAUUCCACAAGACCAUCUUAAUUCCAUCAGAAGAACUCGCGUCAAAACCCUUGGUUCGUUCUUCGACACCACAUACAACUACGUAUUCAGCAUGGAAGGGGGCAACAUCUGCCAGGCGUCGGACGGUUUGCCUGGACAGCCUCCUUUGGCCAGUGACGAGCGUACGUCGUGCACCUUCUUAAACCACGGCUCGAUGAUUCGGUACCUCAAGAUGUGGGCUUUCUGGCCGCCCGUCACGAAUGUCGACAAAGUCCGGAACUCGAUCAACGAGGUGGCGGAUAUACUCACGAGGAUCCCCGUGGUCGCUUUGAACGCAGGCCGACACGAUUCAGUAACGACAAACGGCAAGGUCACAGCGGACAAUGCCUCGGCCAGUCGCCACGCUGUCUGCGAUGCAGGGAGGGUUCUCGCUGUGGAAAUCGAGAAGAUGCUCCAAGGCAUACAGUCCUAGGAUGACCUGUUAGAUUUCCGGGAGAAUUGGGCUUGGAUAGUCUGCACAGGUGUGGGGAUGGCUUAUUGACUUCUUGAUGUAUUGAGGGUUGAAUCAGUCACACGAGGCUUUCCGUGUUCAUAGCUGUUCUUGACGUAUCGAGCGCCGAAGGAUUAAUCAUUGUGUACUAUCUCUGGCGAUCGU